AUGCCUGCUCGGUCUAUUGCUUCCACUGCUCACUCUGAUUACAUCAAAGAGCACAACCAACAUGUUGUCAAGCCUCCAACUUUCACCUCGCGUUCCGUCAAAAGAUACUUCAAGACUAGAAUUCCUAGUCUUUUUGUUAGCAGAGAGGAGUUGAGCCAGUACCCAAAGUCUGAGAUUUUCAACCCUUUUGGCGUUCUCAACCAAAUGAGUUUGAGCAACUGGAACUACUUCUUUAUGGGUUUCUGGGGCUGGACUUGGGACGCCUUUGAUUUUUUUGCUGUUUCUUUAAAUGCUCACGCAAUGGCUGAAACUUUUGAGAAGUCUGUUAAGGACAUUACUUGGGGUAUCACCUUGGUGCUUAUGUUGCGUUCUAUUGGUGCUCUUGUGUUUGGUUACUGGGGUGACCGUUACGGUAGAAAGUGGCCCUACAUUGUCAACUUGUCUCUCUUGGUUGUUUUGCAAAUCGGAACAGGUUUCGUCAAGACCUAUGAGCAAUUCUUGGGUGUUCGUGCACUUUUCGGUAUUGCUAUGGGUGGUGUUUACGGUUUCUCUUUGGCUACUUCUUUAGAUGAUGCUCCUGCUCAGUGCAGAGGUAUUCUUUCUGGUAUUUUCCAGGAAGGUUACGCUUUUGGCUACCUUUUGGCUGUUAUUUUCAACAGAGCUAUUGUCCCUAACUCGUCUCACGGUUGGAGAGCUAUUUUCUGGUUUGCUGCUGGUCCUCCAGUGCUUUUCGUUAUUUGGAGAUGGUACUUGCCAGAGACUCAGGCUUUCCAGAGACAACUCGAGAAGCAAGAAUUGGAGAGAUCUCAGGAGCCAGGCAACAAGUUUUUCUCUGUUUCCAAGAGUGCCAAGGAAGCCAUCAACAGAUACUGGCUCAUUAUGAUCUACUGUGUGCUUAUGAUGGCUGGUUUCAACUUCAUGUCUCACGGUUCUCAGGACUUGUACCCAACUCUUUUGACCGCUCAACUUGACUAUUCUGCUGAUCGUUCUACUGUCACCAACUCUGUUGCUAACUUGGGUGCCAUUUUCGGAGGAAUGGUUUGCGGUCACUUUUCGACGUUUAUCGGUAGAAGAUUGACCAUCAUUUUGGCUUGUAUACUUGGUGGUGCCAUGGUCUAUCCAUGGGCUUUCUCAAGAAGCUCUGCUAUCAACGCUGGUGCUUUCUUCUUGCAAGCCGGUGUCCAAGGUGCUUGGGGUGUGGUUCCAAUUCAUUUGUCUGAGUUGUCUCCUCCAGCUUACAGAUCGUUGGUCGUUGGUCUUUCCUACCAGUUGGGUAACUUGGCAUCUUCUGCCUCCUCCACCAUCGAGAGUACCAUUGGUGAAAGAUUCCCAAUUACUCUUAAGAAUGGAAAGAAGGGUUACGACUACUCAAAGGUCAUGGCUAUUUUUAUUGGUGCCGUUUUUGCUUACAUGAUCUUGAUCAUUCUUCUUGGUCCAGAGAACAGAGGUGCAGACUUCAACAUGGACAGAGAUGUUGUUUUGGUUGAUGAGGACGAAGAAUUAAUGGACAAGAAGGAAGAUGAAGGGAGUCUUGGUAAAGGUGGCGCCGUUCAUUACGAGGGCGGGAAUGAGCCUGAGCAGCGUUGA